UUAGUCUCACAAAGAACAAGCCAACAAAAAAAGGACGACUCAGACGUGGCAGAUUUUUAGAAGAAUGAUGAGAAAACAUUUGUGAAAACGAAAAAGAGAAACUGUUUGAUAUUAGAAAGAAUAGCACAAAAUCUGGUUUUCAUUUCCCUCCACACAUUCCCAUUGCCUUAUCUUUGAGCUGUCUUCAUGUCUCUCACUCUUUUCUUUCCCUCCAAAAAAGAAAAAAAAAAGUCUUUCCUUGAGUCUCAGACUCAGAAACUCAGCCUCUACUUCUCUAACUCUUUCAUACCCAGAAAUUCUUUUAGCAAAUAUCAUUAAAAAAAAAAAAAAAGACCUUCUCUUUCUCUCUGUCUUUCUUUGACCUCUUCUAAUGGCUAGCAAGUUAGCCUUUACUUUAACUUCACCAAGGCGCCCUUUUACAACUAUUAUUCAAAGACCCUUUGCUCCACUCUCUUCGUCUAGCACCACCAAAGUUCAAUCUUUUCACUUCACUGGACGACAGCUUUGCCUUCGUCGUAGGCUCUCAGUGAUUCCCUCCAAGGCCACUGCUGACCAAGAAGGCAAGGUUGAAGAAGAUGGGGUUGUUGAUAGCAAGAUCCUGCCUUAUUGUAGCAUAGACAAGAAAGAGAAGAAGUCUCUGGGAGAACUUGAACAAGACUUUCUUCUAGCUCUACAAUCAUUCUAUUAUGAGGGAAAAGCAAUAAUGUCAAAUGAAGAAUUUGAUAAUCUGAAAGAAGAACUAAUGUGGGAAGGCAGCAGUGUUGUUAUGCUAAGUGGUGAUGAGCAGAGGUUUUUGGAGGCUUCAAUGGCUUAUGUAUCCGGAAAUCCAAUUAUGAACGAUGAAGACUAUGAUAAACUGAAAUUAAGACUAAAGAGUCAAGGGAGUGACAUUGUAGUUGAAGGCCCUCGUUGCAGUCUCCGUAGUAAAAAGGUUUACAGUGAUCUUUCUGUGGACUAUCUCAAGAUGUUCUUAUUGAAUGUUCCAGCAACUGUUAUUGCUCUAGGAUUGUUUUUCUUCCUGGAUGAUGUAACUGGGUUUGAAAUUACUUAUCUUCUGGAGCUCCCAGAGCCAUACAGUUUCAUUUUCACAUGGUUUGCUGCUGUACCACUCAUAGUAUGGCUAGCUCAAACGCUGACGAAUGCAAUUGUGAAGGACUUUUUGAUCUUAAAGGGCCCUUGCCCCAACUGUGGAACAGAGAAUACUUCCUUCUUUGGAACCAUAUUAUCGAUUUCCAAUGGUGGUACUAGCAACACAGUCAAAUGCUCAAACUGUUCAACUGAAAUGGUAUAUGACUCAAACUCCCGCCUGAUUACCUUGCCAGAAGGAAGCAAUGCUUGAUUUGCAGGGUAAUGCAUUUUACGAGAUCAAAGGCUUUUAUCAGUGUCACUGUAGCCAAUGAUGUCACAAGACCUGUAUUCAUCAUCGUUUUAGUGGAGAAGGAAAAUAGUCUUCAUUUUUGUGCAGUUCAGUGACAUCAGAUGUAUGGACUGUGAAUAUUGUACACGUGUAUCUAUGCUUCUUUACAAUAACCAAAAGCCUAUUUGUAAGGGUCUAAAGGUGUUUAAAAUGGGGAGGGAAAGAAUUAAAUUAUGAACAUAACUAAGCAGGCUCCUUAACUGAAAAAUAGAUUAUGCAAUCAGUGAUGGAAUUUCACAUAUAAUAACAUCACUUGUAAAAAACCCUAGCUCCGGUUCCUUUUGUUUUUUCACUUACAAGAGCCUUUACUCCAGUCCCGCUGAAUGAUAUUUCUUUAAAAUAGCCUCUGAUUCCCUUCUCUCAGUUUUUUUUCUGCUUCCAAAUUCCCCAUGUAAAACUAAAAGACUAACAAUAUCAUAUAUAAAGAGUUUUUUCUUUGAUAUUAUGAAAAAUUUGAUCAGAAAAUAUUCUAAACAAGGUGAAUAAGCAUGCAGGCACCAUAUGAAAUUAAGUAUAGCUUUUAAGCAGUAAAAGUACAAACACAAUUAUAGUUCAAUUGUAUUAAGCUUAAAUGUUUUAACAUCCUUAAACCUACAAAUCAGCACUUGCAAGGCACUAGAGCAUAGGAAAAAACAUGGCAUAUAAACAACACCUCUGCACAGCCAAACAACCAAAAAGCUAACAAAUCAAAGGCCCCUUCCUAAUCAAACCUGGAACACUAGCUUAGAAAAUUCGUCCACGAGUUCAUCCUCUAUAGGAUGGCAACAUCCAAGUAAUCUCCAAUCUGCAUCAUCAAAACAAUCGCAGGUAAAAACAUAGUAGAAAUCCACAUGGAAACAGGAUCUUUUCUCUUUAUGGAUUACAUUGAACAGGACACGUUUCUUGACUCCCCCAACAUAUUACCGCACUAUAUAGCCCAGCUAUCACUAUUUUACAAGUCAAUUUCGAAAUAGAGCUAGUACUCUUCUAAUGCCUUAUCAACCAUCUAGUAAAACGGGUUGAAAUUGAAACAUCAGUGAUGAUUAAACAAAAAUUGCUUCCUACCUGGAAGUCAAGUUCACCCAAGGCCUUUCCAUCAUCUACUCGUCUCCCAUUUCCAAAGGAGUGUGUCAUUCCAACCUAAAGAAAAAAGCCAAUAAAAACCACAACAUCUUAGUAACAAAAGAAA